UCGGCGGCGCCAGGGAGCAGGACGGGCACCGGGGCCAUGGAGAGGACGGCGGGCAAAGAGCUCGCCCUGGCGCCGCUCCAGGACUGGGGCGAGGAGACGGAGGACGGCGCCGUGUACAGCGUGUCCCUGCGGCGGCAGCGCAGCCAGCGCGCGACCCCGGAGCGGGCGGGAGAGCGCCAGGCGCCCACCCCGGCCGCCGACACCUUCCUGCAGUACCGCACCAGCAAGGUUCGCGCGCUGAGGGCCGCCCGGCUGGAGCGGCUGGUGCACGAGCUGGUGUCCGGAGACCGCGAGCAGGACCCUGGCUUCGUGCCCGCCUUCCUGGCCACCCACCGGGCCUUUGUGCCCACAGCCCGCCUUCUGGGCUUUUUGCUGCCGCCGCCGCCGCCGCCGCCGCCUCCUCCCGGGGUAGACAGCAAGAGGACAGAGGGACAGGAUCAGAACUUCAGCAGGAACCUGAGGGCUGUGGUUUCAGUACUCGGCUCUUGGCUGCGAGAUCAUCCUCAGGACUUCCGGGAUCCCCCUGCCCAUCAGAACCUGGGCAACAUUCGAAUCUUUCUGGGCUGGGCAGCCCCAGGAGGGGCAGAGGCCAGGGAGGCAGAGAAGCUUCUAGAAGGUUUCUUGGAGGAGGCGAAGGGAGAUCAGACGGAGGAGGAGCACCGACUGGCCUGGGCAGGCCCUCCUAGGGCUGCCCAGUCCCCCAGAGCAGAGCUCUCGGAGGACUGCUCGGAAGAGGAAGGCCCCUGUUCAGAAGGCCCAGAGCUCCUGGACUUCAGUGUGGAUGAGGUGGCGGAGCAGCUGACCCUUAUGGACGUGGAGCUCUUCUUGCGCGUGCGGUCCUGCGAAUGCCUGGGUUCCCUGUGGUCCCAGCGCGACCGGCCAGGAGCUGCAGGCAUCUCUCCGACAGUGCGCGCCACCGUGGCCCAGUUCAACGCGGUGACCGGCUGCGUGCUGGGCUCCGUGCUCGCGGCACCCGGCCUGGCGGCCUCGCAGAGGGCACAGCGCAUCGAAAAGUGGAUCCGCAUCGCCCAGCGCUGCAGGGAACUCCGCAAUUUCUCCUCCUUGCGAGCCAUCCUGUCCGCCCUGCAGUCUAACCCCAUCUACAGGCUGAAGCGCAGCUGGGGAGCGGUGAGCCGGGAGCCACUGUCUACUUUCAGGAAACUGUCGCAGAUUUUUUCUGAUGAGAGCAACCAUCUCAGCAGCCGGGUGAUUCUUUCCCAGGAGGAGGCCGCUGAGGGACCACAAGAUGAUGACCGCCCAGCAGGGAGCCUGCCAGCAAAACUGCCCCCGGGUCCUGUCCCCUACCUUGGCACCUUUCUCACGGACUUGGUUAUGCUGGAUACAGCCUUACCGGAUACGUUGAAGGGAAAUCUCAUCAACUUUGAAAAGAGAAGGAAGGAGUGGGAGAUCCUGGCCCGAAUCCAGCAGCUACAGCAACGCUGCCGGCACUACAGCCUGAGCCCCCGCCCUGCCAUCCUGGCUGCCCUUCGAGCCCAGCGCCAGCUCAGCGAGGAGCAGAGCUACCGGGUCUCCCGUGUCAUCGAGCCACCAGCGGCCUCCUGCCCCAGCUCCCCGCGCAUCCGGCGGCGGAUCAGCCUCACGAAGCGCCUUAGUGCGAAGCUGUCCCGGGAGAAGAGCUCAUCCCCCGGUGGGAGUCCCGGGGACCCGUCCUCACCCACCUCCAGUGUGUCCCCGGGGUCCCCACCAUCCAGUCCCAGAGACCGAGAUCCUCCUCCUGGCAGUCCUCCAGCCUCCCCAGGGCCGCACGGCCCCAGCACCAAGCUGCCUCUGAACGCGGACCCACCAGGGGCCUUGACCCUGAGCAGCUCUCGAAUUCCCCUCCUCGGGCAGCAGACCUCAGAGGCCCGCGUCAUCCGAGUCAGCAUCGACAAUAACCAUGGCAACCUGUAUCGGAGCAUCUUGCUCACUUGCCAGGACAAAGCCCCCAGCGUGGUGCAGAGAGCCCUGGAGAAGCACAAUGUGCCCCAGCCCUGGGCCCGUGACUACCAGCUCUUCCAGGUCCUACCUGGGGACAGAGAGCUCCUAAUUCCGGACAGUGCCAAUGUCUUCUAUGCGAUGAGCCCAGCUGCCCCUGGUGACUUCUUGCUGCGUCGGAAAGGUCGGAAAGAGGGGACACGGCACACACCCUCUGCCCCCCCAACCUGAAGCACUGCCCUCCUCAUUCUGGGGCACAGAUGCAGCACACAGAUUGGAACCUGGCUGCUACCACCAUCAAAGUAGGGGCCUAUUUCCUGGAGAGCCUCCAUCUCCCAAUGAAGACAUUUUGCUCUCUAUCCCGGGAACCCCCCAACAUGAAGCCAUUGGACCCACCUCUCUGAUUCCCUGGGCACUUGACCAUUGUUUCAAAAACAUGAGUGUAUGAGAAGAGUAUAAAACUAGGAAAACCCAAGAGCCCUAAGAGCUGGGAGCUUUGCUAGAAGCUCUUUCCCAGCAUGCCCUGGACCCUGGAUGGCUUCUCUGCACUCCCCAGAAUAAAGCUCCUAAGGGGUUUUGGACUAGAAGGUGCAGUUCAGAUCCUAACCCAUGGCAGGCAAGGCUUCAGUACCCAUAAUCCCAAGGAAUCAGAAGGAUCAGGACUUCCUCAUCCUUGGCUACAUAGUGAGUUCAAGGCAAACCUGGGCUACGUCAUGAGAUUCCAUUCAAAAACAAUCAGACAGAACCCAAGGAAAGGUUGGAAAGGUCAUAACCAGGCUCAGGUUGUUCGCCGCCUCCGUUUAGGAGGUGCUGCCCUGCUUUUCUGUCAGGAGUGAGGAAAUGGGAAGAAGGAGGAGCUGGCUCUCUCCUGAGAAUACAGGCAGUGGGAGUGUGCCUGUCACCUCAGCCCUGGGGAGGUGGAGGCUGAGGGAUCUUGAGUUCAUGGUCAUUUCAGCUGUAGUGAGUUCCAGGCCAGGGGUACAUCAUUCCCUGUGGUGUGUGUGUGGUGGGAGGGACGAAAAGCAAAGAGAGACAGCAUAGACUGAGCGAGUGCGGAGGCAGCUGGCUUCUGAGCCUCCGUUUUGAACUGGCCCUUCAUGGGGCCUCUGCAGCUCACAGAGUUCUGUUUCCAGGGGCCUGCACUGUGGCUCUGAGGGCAAAGUGUUUGCUCAGCAAGCAUGAGGACCUCAACUCCCGUCCCUCAGCACCCACAUAAAAAGCCAGGCGUGAUGGGAGUACAUCUAAAAUCCCAGCUCCGGGGGUUGGAGACAGGUCCCAGGGUCCACCAUCAAGUCAGUUCAGCAUAAGACUCCAUCUCAAAUAACAAUCCUGAGGAGCUCAGUGCGUGCCGGACAAGCCUGGCUAGCGGAGUUCAACUCCCCAGGUUCCGUGGAAAGGCAGAAGGAGAAAACUGACUUCCCAGUUUUGACCUACAUAUGUGCACCAAGACAUGUAAUCCAGACAUGCUCAUAGGCACACAGAAUAGUAAUAAGUGAGAGUGAGGGACACCUGCUGUCAACCUCUGGCCUCCUCGUGCACAUAAAGUACGAACACACAUCCUGUAGAAGUAGGCCCAUGCCAAAAAGAGAUGCCGUCUCCUGUACCAAGCCAUCCAGUGAGGGGCUGGAGAGUUGGCUCUUGGUCAACAGCGCCUGUUUUUUCUACUCCCACACAGAGGCUCACCACUAGGCACACGUGUGGUGCAUAGAUACACACACACACACACACAAAAGAACAAAAAUAAAUAUUUUUUAAUUAUUUUUUUAAAAAAAGAGAAAAGUCCAAUAAGGUCUACAGCCGUAUGCUUGAUCUCACCUGAAAAGAUCAGCAGGUCUGGCCUGAGGUGCAGCUGGAUCCGGAGCGCCAACAGAGGCUUCAGGGUUUUAUUGCUUUGAUAACAAGACUGUUUUCGCUCAGAUUCACUCACCUCCUCUUCGAAUGGAGCCACUCAAAGGAAAAGCCACAAGUGAGCUUGUCAUGCCAGCGCUCAGGAGGCUCAAGCUGAGGUGGUUUAAGGCUGACCUGAGUGACAUAAGAGACCCUGCAUCAAACCAUGAACACUCGUCCUGUGUUAGGGGUCAAACCCAGGGCCUCGUGCAUGAUAGGCAAGUGCUCUACCACUGAGCUACAAUGAAAAGAUAAAAGCUGCUUUGCAUAAGUGUAACUCUCCUGUAGCGAGUAUGGCCACAUGAUUAAUUCUUGGUCAAGCUGGCCGGUUCCAAGUUGGCUACUUUUUUUUUUUUUUUUUUAAACAGUUUCUCUGUGUAGCCCUGGUUGUCUUUGGAAUUCACUCUGUAGACCAGGCUGGCCUUGAACAGUGAUCCAUCUGCCUCUGCCUCCCAAGUGCUGGGAUGAAAGCAUGUAUCACCACCUAAGACUCUAGGACUACUCUUAAAGGGAAGGGGUGAGUCCUCCCUUUCCACUUUUCCUGGUUUCUGCUGGUUAGAAUGAAGGCAUGAGCUAACCAGUACGGUUGGGUGGUCACAUACUCUAAAUAGCUGAGCAACAAGUGGGAAGGCGCCUGGGCCCCUGGAGACAAAUAGCUGCUAUGGAGACUGCUGAGACCUGGAGAGUUA